UCAGUCAUCACCGAGGAAGCACAGCAAAGUCAGGGAACCUAAAAAUUGUGUUUACUGAGGCUUUGAUGUCUUUCUCUUUUUUGCCAUCAAAAUGUUUCUUUUAAACUAUUUUUCAUUAAUUAACCUUGAUUAAUAUGAAUUAUUUAUUUGUCAAAUUCUUUUGUUUUCCUCAAUUUUGUUUGUAUGUUGUUCAAUUUGGUUUAUGAACCUUGUUUAAUGUGGUAAUGGUAGGAUGCAAUUCAAGCGAUUAGUUCCUGCCAUUUCAGCUUGGCUUCUGCUGAUUACCUGUACUACCCUGUUUUUCAUAUUUCCAUGUCAAUAUCUUCAAAACACAUAUUCAAUCUCAAUAACUAUUGUCCAAGCAAUUAUAUCUUUAUUUGUGAUCACAAACUUUUCUUAUGCCACCUUCAUGGAUCCUGGUGUAAUACCUAAAGCUAGUCCAGAUGAGGAUGUUGAAGAUGAUUUUAGAGCUCCAUUGUUUAAAUCGGUUGACAUCAAUGGUUUAACCAUCAGAAUGAAAUGGUGUUGUACCUGUCAAUUUUACAGGCCACCAAGAUGUUCUCAUUGUAGUGUUUGUAACAAUUGUGUUGAAACUUUUGAUCAUCAUUGUCCAUGGGUGAAUAAUUGCAUUGGCCGACGCAAUUAUCGGCAUUUCUUUUUCUUUUUAAUUUUUCUCAGCAUCCACAUGAUAACAAUUCUCCUCUGGUGCAUUAUUUAUCUGGUUGAUCAUAAAGGUGCAUUACGAGAGCGUGAUUCGAUCAUAGCGAUUGUUAUUAGUGCAGUAAUUAUAUUUCUCAUAUUUCCAAUUAUCGGAUUAACCGGGUUUCACAUAAUUUUGGUCGCUCGUGGUCGAACAACCAAUGAACAAGUCACCGGAAAAUUUCAAAGUGGCUUCAACCCAUUUUCCGAUGGAUGCCUUAGCAAUUAUUGUAAUAUAUUGUGUGGACCUGUACACACGCGUUAUCGAUCACAUGCGAGGAAAAAAAGGUCUCCUUCCAUCUCUAAUAAUGGUAACAACUCUUCUAAUGGAACUAACAGAUACGAUAAACCAAUGCAAGUUUACGUCGAUGAGGGUAACAAGCUUCUUUACGCCAAGUCUCCUGCCAAAAGCUCUUCUGUAACAGAAAUUUCAGCCCAAUCAUUUUCACCGUGUUUGAAACACCAAUCUUUAAAUAAUUCACAGACUGGAGGAUUAGUAAUUUAUUAUUCACCUGAAAGCUACACUAAGAAGUCCAACUCCGACUCUAAAUUUGCAUCUGAAACAGAAUUGCAAAAACUUCAUACAUCUCUUGAUUCAAGCUCAAUGCCGGAAACCGAUGGCAGCUUCGAUUUAAACAAUACCAGUAACAGUGGCAAUAGUAGUGCCAAUGCUAACCUACAUUUUGCCAAAAGGCCGAUAAGUUUUAUUAAAGCCUUGGAAAAUAUUGAAAGGGCUGGAGCCUCUAGACCUGUUACAAGUCCAGCCAAAAAUCAUUCUGAAGAUUCUAGGCAAAGUCAAUAUGAAAUGAAUUACGAAAUCUCAGUUUAAUUGAGAAGAUAACAUAAGAAUCCUACUCACCAAAUCACCUAAACCUUCCUAUCAUAAUCAUAAAGACCAUUUUUCAACCACCUACACAUCCACUCUCACCUCACGCGCACAUCUAUCUUUCUCAUUACUUCAUCUCGUCAUCAUUAUUGAAAACAUUAAAACAAAGCUCAUCUCUUUCAGUU